GGAUUGAGGGGCUCUAAACCGGAGAGAAGCAACAAGUUGUUUGGACAAAGGACCAAAUCCAAAGCAGCAUUGCGACAACCUCGAAGCUAGUUCAAACUAGUGGGAGGUUGUGUGCACAGGAAAAGGAUGGGCCGUGGAAGAGUUCAGAUGAAGCGCAUUGAGAACCCGGUGCAACGGCAGGUUACCUUCUGCAAGCGCCGAGCUGGCCUCCUUAAGAAGGCUAAGGAGCUCUCCGUGCUCUGCGAUGCUGAAAUUGGUGUUUUCAUUUUCUCCGCUCAUGGAAAGCUCUAUGAACUAGCCACCAAAGGGACCAUGCAAGAGCUGAUUGAGAGGUAUGGCAAGUACACUGGUGGACCUCAGCUGCCUGAUGAACCCAUGGUGGAACCUAUGGAUGCUAAAAAGGAGAUUGGCAUGCUGAAGCAGGAGAUCGAAAUUCUUCAGAAAGGUCUCAGUUAUAUGUUUGGAGGGGGUUGUGAAUAUAUGUCACUGGAUGAAUUGCUUGUACUUGAAAAGCAUUUAGAAAUUCGGAUCAAUCAAAUUCGAUCAACAAAGAUGGACAUUAUGUUACAAGAAAUUCAAAUGUUAAGGGACAAGGAAGGGAUAAUGAAAGCUGCAAAUAAAUGCCUUCUUGAAACGAUUGAGGAGAAUAUCAGCAACACUGACUUUACUACAAUGACCACUAAUAUGCUGCACCCACUAACCAUAGCAAAUAACAUAUUUUAAUGUUUAGAAUGUUACCGUAUAAUUUCAUAUAUAAA